AUGUCGCCAGUCUCGUUAAGUGCAAUUUUGAAAAGCAAUACGGUGUCGUUUACUGAAAGACUCCGGUAACACACUGGUUCAUUUACUCCCUCUUGCUCUGAAGGACUGUAAAAGAGCUUGUUACAGAGACCGAGCGUUACUUACAGUCAGAGAGAGAGAGAUGUCUAUGGCACUCUCUUCCUCUUCUUCUUCUUCGUUUUGUUCUUCAAUGUAUGUUAAACAACAGCGCCCUCCCUCUCCUCCUUCAUUCCUAAACCGCACGAUUUCCAACCCAACCUUCUCUUUCUUGAAGCCAUUAACAUAUCCCACCCACUUUAAUCUCUCUGCUCACUCAUCACCUCGAUCUCUGAAACCCAUUCGAAUCCAAAAUGAAUCGCAUUCCAACAAUAACAGAUGGUCUCUCUCCGGAAUGACAGCCCUCGUCACCGGUGGAACUCGUGGAAUCGGGCGUGCGAUUGUGGAGGAAUUGUUGGGACUUGGAGCGACAGUUCAUACUUGUUGUCGAAAUGCAGGUGAACUUGAAGAUUGCUUGCAGGAUUUGAAAGGAUUGGGUUUUGGGGUUAGUGGGUCUGUUUGUGAUGUGGCCAAAAGAUCCCAGAGAGAGGAGCUUAUGGAGACUGUGUCCUCUUCGUUCGAUGGGAAGCUCAACAUCCUCAUAAAUAACGUGGGCAUAAAUAUCCGGAAACCGACGGUGGAGUUCACAGCUGAAGAAUUUUCCACUCUUGUGGCAACUAAUUUCGAGUCAGUUUUCCAUUUAUGCCAGCUAGCUUAUCCACUUCUAAAAGCAUCAGGAGUAGGAAGUAUCGUAUUCAUGUCUUCAGUUUCAAGUUUCGUCUCUCUGAAUUCUAUGUCUGUUCAGGGAGGAACUAAAGGAGCAAUCAAUCAACUUACAAGGAACUUGGCUUGUGAGUGGGCAAAAGACAACAUACGGAGUAACUCUGUGGCACCUUGGUAUAUAAAAACUUCCAUGGUGGAGCAGGUGCUCAGUAACCAAGAAUAUGUAGAAGAGGUAUAUUCCCGAACUCCUCUUCGGCGCCUAGGAGAUCCAACAGAAGUCUCAUCUCUUGUGGCAUUCCUUUGCUUACCUGCAGCAUCUUACAUCACUGGCCAGAUUAUUUGUGUUGAUGGAGGAAUGACCGUGAAUGGUUUUCACCCUAGGCAUAACUAGAAGAUGAAUAUAGCCUCUUCUCAAUCUUCCUUCACUCUCAGGCAAUAGGCCAUGAUGAAGUAAUUGUUCUAGUUGGGGAGGACAGUGUUUGAAGUAAAAGUUGAAAUCCUGAUUAUAACCAGUUCUAACAUCCGCUUUAUUGUAUUCUUUCACCGGAUGGAAAGGGUUGAGAAAACUUCACAUGACUUCCACCAGCUUUUGGCAUUCACAGUAAGGGCUUUGUAGCGCCGAAGAGAACUUAAAUAACUUCUGUGAUAGCUCUUAUUCUUAUUGUAAUGUUUCUUUUCUCUGUUUUUUUGUGCUUCUGAAGGUUAUGUUAAUUUUUUUUGUUUUGGGUAAAAGAAGGUUAUGUAAUUUUAAUCCUUCUUGUGGCUGCUGAUUACGUGUGCCUUCUCUACCAUUUCCCAGUUGUAUUGUCUUUUUCUUGUCCAAUGCUUUGUAAUUGUGUACCCUUCUCUACCAUGCCCUUCUUGUGGCAUUGGCAGUUGUGCAGGCACAAACUCAUAUAUUUAGGUGUUUAAACUAUAGCAUUAUAAAAUAUAUACAUACAUAUGUGUAUAUAUAUAUAUAUAUAUAUUCACUUUAUAUUUA